GAACUAGUACUUCUUCCGACUACUUACUUGCCAAAACCAUCUACUUCAAUCAAAUUCAUCACAAAAACGUGUCAGGAUCCACACUGAAUCUUAUCUUACCAACUUUAGUGGGUGCUAGACAGAGUCGUUUCGGUUGAAAAUCGUCAAAGUUGGAAACUUGUGCAAAAACUGAUGAUCAGAAGCUGUUCAGCUUUUGACCCCGAGAGAAAGAAGGGAUCAUCCUUUGUUUGCUUUGUUCUACAAAGAAGUGAUUUCAAACAUGGAGGAGAACGCCAGCCCGCUAUUGGAAAGAGAAAAAGAGUACCAUCAGAAUUGCCCCGGUUGUAGGAUGGAUCGUCUCAAAGAGGAACAACAAGGAGUCCCUUACAAGUAUCUGUCCUAUAUCUGGAUUGUCUCUCUCUGUACUGCUUUGCUGACAACGUCGCUGUUUCCGUUUCUUUAUUUUAUGAUCAGGGACUUGCACAUUGCCAAAACAGAGGAAGACAUUGGUUUCUAUGCAGGAUUUAUGGGAUCUUCAUUUAUGGUUGGAAGAGCUUUGACAUCUGUUUUCUGGGGAGUGGUGGCCGAUCGAUAUGGUCGCAAACCUGUGAUAUUGAUAGGGACAUUUUCAGUGGUUGUUUUCAAUGCUCUCUUUGGACUUAGUACAAGCUUCUGGAUGGCGCUUUGUAUGAGAUUUCUUCUAGGAUUUUUCAAUGGUCUGCUUGGCACAAUAAGGGCAUAUGCUUCUGAAGUCUGUAGAGAAGAGUAUCGGGCAUUGGCACUUUCAGUUGUUAGUACAUCACGAGGCAUAGGACUCGUCAUUGGUCCUGCUAUUGGUGGUUUCUUUGCACAGCCUGCAAAAAAUUAUCCCAAUGUCUUUUCUGAAGGCUCCAUUUUUGGGAGGUUCCCCUACUUCUUGCCAUGCCUCAUAAUAUCAGUUUAUGCUGUAGGAGUUCUGAUAUCCUGUUGGUGGCUUCCUGAGACACUACAUAUGCAUAAUAGAAGACAUGUUCCAAGUGAUAGGUUAGGAUUUUCUUCAGAUGAACCUGGUGGGAAGGAGAAUUUUGUAGAACAUGAAGAACAGCAUAAACCAAACCUCUUGAGGAAUUGGCCUCUAAUGUCUACUAUCAUCGUAUACUGUGUUUUCUCACUUCAAGAGAUGGCUUAUUCUGAAAUAUUUUCUCUCUGGGCAGUUAGUGACAAAAAAUAUGGAGGAUUGAGCUUUUCAUCUCAAGAGGUUGGUGAAGUUCUUGUAAUCUCUGGGUUUGGUCUUUUAUUGUUUCAACUUAUUCUAUAUCCACCAAUAGAAAGGAUCCUUGGCCCUCUUAUGGUUACACGCCUUUCAGCGGCAAUAUCAAUCCCGUUGCUGUCCAGCUACACCUACAUAGCUAUGCUUUCAGGACUAAUGCUACAUUUAGUGAUAAAUUGUGCAGCCUUAUUGAGAAAUUCUCUAUCCGUGUCUCUCAUUACUGGAUUAUUCAUAUUGCAGAAUAAUGCAGUGCCCCAGGGCCAGAGGGGAGCCGCUAAUGGCAUUUCCAUGACAGCAAUGUCUGUUUUCAAAGCAUUUGGCCCUGCAGGAGGAGGUUCCCUUUUUUCUUGGGCGCAAAAGCGACAAAACGCUGACUUCUUCCCAGGCGAUCAAAUGGUUUUCUUCGUACUGAAUGUGAUUAUGUUUAUUGGAUUGUUACUUACUUUCAAGCCAUUUCUGGCUCAGCCUCGUCAAUAAACCUCAGCUACCACCAGAGGCAACCUCCAUUUACCUGUAAGAAAUACCGAAGCAAACACUUGCUUUCCGAAAAAAUAUCAAAUAACUCAUUGAAUAAUCAUAUUUCAAGAUU